GGAACCGGAAGAGAAAACCGCAGGGAUUAGUGUGUUUACAACUCCUAGCAUCCUGGGUGGUGGUGGACUCUUGUUGUUCUGGAACCGUCGCAGCGUCGGGCCACCCACCAUCUGUAGAAGUGGGACAAGGGAACAGAUGGCGCAUCCAAGCCGGGCUGCAGGGUUGCUGACGCUGAGCGUUCGUGCAGAACUGGAGAUCAGUAUCAAUCAUUAAAAUAAAGCACUGCCGCUGUAUACAGCACAGUGCGUUUUUCAAGGUUACCAAUGCCAAUGUGGUUGCGAUAGAAGCGAGGGUGGGGGGACUGGAAGCAUCGUAUGUCGACCAAAUUGAGGCGCAACGAUCGGGCGACGAUUUGACCGCUGGCAUCAACUUAAUCCCUUCUGACGUGUCUCUGUCUCGGUGAACAAUGGUUGACAAUCGCUACGCCACAGCUCUGGUCAUCGCCUGCGUGCUGAGCAUCAUAGCCACCGUGUAUCUGUCGGUGGCAAUCGGAACGCAGCACUGGUACCAGUACAGCAGCCCCACGGUGCGCGGAGAGGCCAACAUUUCCGAGUUGCGCUCGCUGUACGAGGAGUUCAUAGACGGAGAAUUCGAUGAGAAAACCUACAGCGACACGUUGUUCCGUCUUAACGGGACUGUGGGCCUCUGGUGGCGGUGUGUGCUUGUUCCUGCCAACGCUCACUGGUACAAAGAGCCAGGUGCCAAGAUGGUGCUGGAGUGUCGAGGCUUCACUCUACCUCAACAGUUUACUCCAAAGUACAAAGAACCAGGGAACCACAACAGCGGGGAGGACAUGGUGCGCACAUAUCUGUGGAGGUGCCAGUUUCUGCUGCCGUUGGUGUCUCUGGGUCUAGUGGUGUUGGCAGGUCUGACUGGAUUCUGUGCCUGUCUGUGCCGAAGCCUCACACCAACUCUUGGAAUAGGAGUGCUUCACAUGCUGGCUGGUCUCUGCACCUUAGCCACAGUGUGCUGCUACCUGGCGGGGAUGGACCUGCUCCACAGGGUGUCGAUGCUACCCGACAAAGUGGACGGCUCUCUCGGCUGGUCGCUGUACCUGGUCCUCAUUUCUUCACCUCUCCACAUGAUGGCUGCCGCCCUGCUAGUGUGGGCGGCGCGCAGCCAUAGUCAGAACUACUACCGCAUGACUGCCUACCGGGUGGCAUAAACUGAGAUUUAGCUCUGGAUCUUAAGCCCUGUUUAGAGUCUGACACCAAGAUUUGUUUUCUUAAUGAGUUGUGGGGUUUUUUUCCUCUACGUGUUUUUGUCUCUCAAGGAUUAAGAAUUUUUGCAUGUCCUGUACACUAAUGACCCUUCUUGCUGCGUUAACAGAUUUGAUUUUUAUCUCCUGGGGGAUGGAAAUGGUUUGCAAAUCAGAUUUACCAGAACAAUAUGUAGUAUACGUGUGCUUCAGACUAACUUGAAACGAAGUAGAGAAGCAUUAGCAGUGCCCUACUUUCAUACAACAUAAAUUUUAUCAAAAUCUCCAAAGUGCAGGUCAGUCACAUCGGAAAAGUAGAUAUAUUGCGAUUUAUUUUCAUAGUUUAGUUCUUUGGAGGCAGUGAUAAGAAGGCAUGACCCCGUGAACUGCAUACCUGGUAUCAGAGUGCCAGAUAAAUUUAAAAAAAAAAUCUUGUUUGGAAGAAAAGUAAAAGCAAGUUCUUAAAUUACAGUUUACACAGGUUUCAUGUGUACUGACUUCAGUUUUCCUUCCUUCUCAUCCCAUCUUAUCAGAUUACAGAGAUUUUGUGAUAUUGCUGUUCUUCCUGUUUGUCAUAAGGGCACAUGCGUACUGCACAUUUUUAAACAUCUUUGAUCUGUUGAAAAUUGAACAGGAUUUAAUUUUAUCUUUUAAAAACGUCACAGUUGUUGUCAUAGUUUUCUUCAGUCCAAUAUAAAUCUUCCAUUGUAAAAAUAUAAUCAAGUCAACUGACGUAUAAUGGAAAAUAUUUUAACUUGCGCAAUUUUUGUUGAUUUUGUUGAUGACGUAUUUCGCAAAGGAAGUCAAAUUUGUAGGGUUUUUUUAAUUUAACCAAAAAAAAGCUGCACACUGACUACUGUUCCUUGAUAUGUGUGAUUUUUAUCAUUUAAAUGGCGAUGACAGAAGGCACUUUAGUGAUAAGUAAGCACACUUAGUAAUAAAAGAAGUACUAGAGUCUGGGAAAAGUGUGUAUUUACAGACCUCUGCUGGUGAAAUUUUCUAGUCUGCCACACGUGAUUGCAGCUGAAUGUGAUGACGUUCCUGUUCGUUGCACUUGAAGAAUGUGGCCACAGGUUUGUUGUAUUUACACAAUGUUCCCAUGACUAGAAUUUAAUUUACAAUUCUGUUUCAAAUCCUCUGUUGUUGUUGUUUUUUUACUUAAGUUUAUUUAUUUAUUUAUUUAUUGUUUAUGGUAGUUAUUAUGUUCAGACUGUGUGUAUAAUUUGUUUACUACACGAUGUAUGUAUUGCAUUGCUUUGUUUGCUUUUUGAUCACAUCAUGUUGUGACUGAUUUUUGUAGAAAAAAGUGAAAACCACAGUAGUGCUCAUUUACUUUUUUUUUUUUUAGUUGAGCACAUACAUUCAUGAAAGUAAUUUUCUUAGUUCAUAUUUGGGUGUGUUUUGUUGUUUAUUUGAUCGAUGUAUGUCCCUCAGCUGACGGAUUAAUGUGCUGAAAAACAAACAAACUAACAAACAAAUAAAUUAAUUUCAAACAUAUUCUGACCAUUGCUGUAGUAAUCAGUAGUCAAUUUCUAUAUUUUUGAAAUGUAAAUAUUAAAAUAAUUACAUUUGGAGAGAAAAAAUACCACUAUUACCCACAAAUUCAUGAUAUCUGUUUGUGAAAUAUCACUGCUGAUAAAGAUUUAUGAGCUUCAUGAAUAUCUGAAAUGAUGCACUGUUCGUCUCAUUAUGAAACACAUUGUAUUUUACACAUUCACCCUUUAAAUACUGGAAACUCAAUCCCUGAAUGCACACUACCAUGUGUUGUUUGUGAAAGAGUGCUUAAUCCCCCUGUUAUGAGCUGCAGCAGUUGAUAACUAUGUAUUUAAAUAUCGUGUGUGAGUGUGAACAAGCAUAACACAUGUCACCAUUUCAAUAAAAAGUUUUGUAAAAACUGAA